AUGGAGGUGUUCAUCAACUGCAUACCUCAUCAUUGCACAGAGCGCGAUCUGAAGCGGUUCAUGCGCUCACCUCUUGCCGAAUUUGGCAUCGCCGACUUUGUAUGCGAGAAGUUCGGCAACAAGGCCUGCGCAAAGUUGGUAUUCCUAGACGCCGAGAAAGGCAAGCGCUUCAUCGCCAGGUAUGGCAAGUCUAACGGCCAGCGAAGACCUUUGGUUCAGCUCAACAUGAAUGGCCAUUACAUCAAUUGCGCAGUGUCGAGAAACCAGCCCGAGGAGUAUAUCCUGCGCAGUCUCAAGUCAAGAGCCACUCAAUCAGUCGCGUCAAGCCAGAUCGUUCCUGCCACUCGUUACGGAGCCAAUUCGAGUUUCGAGUUCUCCCAGCUGCGAUGUGGGGUGUGGUCUUUCAUCAAUGGCGAGCUUGUUUUUGUGCCGCACUUUGUCGACUCACGACGUGGCAGAGUCUUGUUUGGUCACCGUCAAUUAGCUCUCCUCUACGAGGACAGAGACAGCCUCGACAGCGAGUCUGCAUAUCGCAUCAGCAUCAAAUACAUCGAUGUCGACACAGCAACCACAGGAGACUACAAAUGUCCAACUGUGACUUUCACUNUGGAGAUCCCACCCGCCUUCUAUUCCACACCUUCGGUAGACCUCGCUGCAGCACUUGCAACUCUCAACAUGAUAGGCAUCAAUGGACUCAGGCUACCCCCCUUGAAGAACAAGAGGCGAAUCACGAGUAUCAACAAAGCUCAUUCCGACGUGGUCAGUACUUGUAUGGUGUAUCAGAUACAGCUCGCCGACUAUAGGCAGCUGGCUGAUGUCUACCAAUUUCUGAAGCAUAAUCGUCACCUGGCACCAGCUGCCAUCAAUCACUCAACUCCCACUGUGUACCCUUCUGUCAGCCUUGCAUCUUCCUUUAAACGUCUUGACACGACACUCUCGGAUGCGUCACCAUACAACACUUUGCCAUUUGAUGUCAAAUUCCAGCUGCUUCGUCUGGCCAGGAACGGCGCGCUCUCGCCCGAUCAAGUUGUUGCAAUUCUUCCCACGAUCACUUUACUGACGGCCAACCAUGACGGCCCCACCAUUGUCGAAUCUUUGAGACGUUUGUACCAGAGUCUCAAGCCGAUCGGGCCCCAUUCAGAAGCAGUAGACUAUUCAGUCAAGACAAUCGCCAACAAUCUGCUGGACUAUGCUCAGAAUUAUGACAACUCUCGGUUCCAGAACCCGUACGAGCUGAUGAAUCGCCAUGCUCAUAUCGUCCUUGUGCAUAGACUUACUGUCACGGUUGCCGGUGUCUAUCUGGAAGGACCAGAACCUGAAGUCAGCAAUCGUGUGCUAAGAGAGCACCAAGACCACUCGGAUCACUUUAUUCGAGUUACCUUCGCGGACGAGGAUGGCGAAGCUGUUCGCUAUGAUGGUCAAUGUGAUCAGAAAGAGGUAUACGCUCGGUUCAGGAACUUUAUGGACUCAACAUACUCGAUUGCAGGAAGAGGAUUCUCUUUCUUGGGAUUCUCGCAUUCAAGUCUUCGCUCCCGGACUUGUUGGUUCAUGGCUCCUUUCGAAUUCAGGGGAACUUCGCUGAAUGCUUCACAACUGAUCAGAACUCUGGGACAUUUUGGUUCCAUCCGCACCCCAGCCCGAUGUGCGGCGCGUAUCGGACAAGCUUUCACCGAUACUACUGGUACUGUAGAAGUGGAGGCUGCGAUGCAGACGAGGAUGCCCGAUUUUGAACGCAAUGGUCGAUGUUUUAGCGAUGGUUGUGGUACCAUUUCGCUUGGACUUCUCCAGCAGGUUUGGCGUAUGUAUGGAUCGAGACGUAAUCUCAAGCCUGUCAUCCUUCAGAUCAGAUUUGCUGGUGCCAAGGGAGUGGUGUCGUUGGAUUCUCGUCUGAUUGAGGAUCAAUUCAACAUCAGACCUUCUAUGGAAAAGUUCACAGGCUCCAAAUCGAUCACGCUCGAAGUCUGCGGUGCCGCAUGGCGACCAUAUCCUAUGGUCCUUAACCGCCAGUUCAUCAAAAUCCUCGAAGAUUUGCUUGUUCCUCUCGAAUCUUUCAUUACAUUGCAAGAUGAGGCAGUGGAGAAAUCGAGGAUGAUGACUACUAAUACCUUCAACGCUUCGUUGCUUCUCAAUGACACACAGACGAGCAAGGCUGCAAGACUGCCAAGCUUUCUCGAAAUGCUGGCCGAUAUUGGUCUUGAGUAUCACGACGACUCAUUCCUCCGUGGAGUUGUUGAGAUGGCUGUGAUCACAAAGUUGCGCGAGAUCAAGUACAGAGGUCGCAUACCUGUCAAAAAUGGAGUCACUCUCUACGGCAUCAUGGAUGAGACUGGAUAUCUCAAGGAAGGCCAGAUCUAUGCCGUCAAUCAAAGCUCGCCGGAUGAACCCAGAAAGGUUAUCACAAAAGACAAAGUCAUUAUCACACGCUCUCCAGCACUCCAUCCCGGCGACAUCCGAAUCGUGGAGGCCGUCGAUGUACCUGAAGACUCGCCUCUAAAAUAUCUUCGCAAUUGUGUCGUGUUCAGUCAACACGGCAACCGUGAUCUCUCGAGUCAGCUUUCGGGUGGUGAUCUUGAUGGUGAUCUUUACAAUGUCAUCUACGAGCCCACUUUGAUGCCUCAGAGAGACAUCGCGGCCCCUGCGGACUAUCCUCGCGUGCCUGGUCUGGAGCUCAACCGUGAGGUUACAAUCCAAGACAUGAGCUCUUUCUUCGUUCAAUUUAUGGAAUCUGAUCAACUAGGUCACAUCUGCACACGUCAUCUCCAGAUGGCAGACCAGAAGCCAAUGGGUGUGUUCGAUGCCGGCUGUAUUGAGCUUGCAAGUAUGGCUUCCACAGCUGUCGACUUCUCCAAAACUGGUAUAGCGGUGAGCAUGGAUAGAGCUCCACGCGCCCAGCCCGCCAAACCUGAUUUCAUGGCUCCCAGCCCACGUGUCAUCAUCGAGGCUGGUGGAUAUGCAAGUCUCGAAGACGUAGCCCAGAACGAAGAAGAAGAUGAAACCGAUCCUAUCGGUGAUCUGGACGACCUCCGCCCAGCCCGUUACUACAGAAGCGAGAAGGCGCUUGGUCACCUUUACCGUAGCAUCGACGAACAGGAGUUCUUGAAGACUCUACAAGAGGCUACACAGAGUCUGCCUGGCCGAGAUGAUACUGUUCUCUCGACGCUUUGGGCAUACAUUCAGCAGUACACUAAAGUUAUUCAGUGGGAACAUCAUCUGGACUUGGCCAGACAAAUCAGAGAUGGAUACGAGCAGACUUUGCUCCAGUCCCUCUACCAAUUCGCCUCCUCACCACGCCACCCCCUAACCGAGACCGAAAUCUUCUCCGGCACCAUUCUCGGCCGUGAUGGCGGCAAACAAUCCAGACGCGUCCGUGAAACCACCCAAGCCAUGCGCGAACAACUCGAAGGAGUCCUGACCUUCACCAUCUCUCGUAUCAUCGAUGGCGACUACGACGACAACGAUCGCAAUGAAGAAGCUCUGCCUAGAGCCAUCGCUUGUCUUGCUAUUGGCAUGAACGAACAGCCUAUGGGAGACAAGAAGGUUGGAGAGCUUCAGAGUUGGAAAUACAUUGCUGCUGGAGUGUGCUUGAGGGAGAUUAAGAGAUGGUUCGCUGUUGAUAUGGGAAGACAUGCCUUGCCGCGUGUUCGUCGCUCAUAA